AUGCCUGAUGAAUUUCUGAGUCCUCGGAGCACCUCCGUCGACAAACUCGUCAAGGACAGCGGGGCAUCAUCACCGCAGGCAAUGUCCAUUGUUGCAAAGCGCUGGGUCCAAGUCCUGGCUCUCGGGCUGAGGGACGGUCUGAAAUCAAGUCUCGAAACCGAACAGGGUCGUUGGCCUGUGAAGGCCACCAAAAUAGUCAAGGAAUGUCGAAAGCCGUUUGAGGGCCACGACGUCAGGCGGAGGACUCGGAAUCUUUGGGAGGGGUUGGAGGCUUCAGCCCUCGACCGCUCAUUGCCAGUCCUCCCCGAAGAACAUCCGCUCGGCGCGGGCCGAAGUGCCAACUUGGUGGCCCUCCUCCUUCUUGUCGGCGGCGGCGGUGUCAAGUUCCGGCAGCAGAAGGGGGAAAGGAAGGGAUACCCUCUGUCCAGUGCUGAGGAUGCGCCAACCUGCAUCGGCCGUGCUAGGAGAAUUUCCUCGAUCGAGCUUGUCUCCGAGACAGCGGUGGGCGGGAUCUGA